AUAAGCUGUUUCCACGUGAAACAUCCAAACACGGUCUCCCAAACCGAACGUCUGCUACCAUCAAGGCUUCUGUAUAAAAGGCAAAUGAGCAGGCAGCACCCCCUUCUGCUCCCACCCCCUUCUGCUCCCAUCCCCUUCAUGUCAGCAGCAGCCAAUCGCUUUUCUCUGUCGUGUAGUCGGCCCCUGGGAUUGGCCAGGAACGGGACCGGCGCGGAACCACUGCGCGCACAGGCGGAGCGCGGAGACUUGUCCGUCACGUGCGGCCGCCCGGCCUCUCGGCCUCGCCGCGCGCCUGGCGGGGUUGGGGGGGGCGGGGACCAAGAUCUGCUGCGCCUGCGUUGUGGGCGUUCUCGGGGAGCUGCUGCCGUAGCUGCCGUAGCUGCUGCCGCUGCUACCACCGCGUUCGGGUGUAGAAUUUGGAAUCCCUGCGCCGCGUUAACAAUGAAGCAGAGUUCGAACGUGCCGGCUUUCCUCAGCAAGCUGUGGACGCUUGUGGAGGAAACCCACACUAACGAGUUCAUCACCUGGAGCCAGAAUGGCCAGAGUUUUCUGGUCUUGGAUGAGCAACGAUUUGCAAAAGAAAUUCUUCCCAAAUAUUUCAAGCACAAUAACAUGGCAAGCUUUGUGAGGCAACUGAAUAUGUAUGGUUUCCGUAAAGUAGUACAUAUCGACUCUGGAAUUGUAAAGCAAGAAAGAGAUGGUCCUGUAGAAUUUCAGCAUCCUUACUUCAAACAAGGGCAGGAUGACUUGUUGGAGAACAUUAAAAGGAAGGUUUCAUCUUCAAAACCAGAAGAAAAUAAAAUUCGUCAGGAAGAUUUAACAAAAAUUAUAAGUAGUGCUCAGAAGGUUCAGAUAAAACAGGAAACUAUUGAGUCCAGGCUUUCUGAAUUAAAAAGUGAGAAUGAGUCCCUUUGGAAGGAGGUGUCAGAAUUACGAGCAAAGCAUGCACAACAGCAACAAGUUAUUCGAAAGAUUGUCCAGUUUAUUGUUACAUUGGUUCAAAAUAACCAACUUGUGAGUUUAAAACGUAAAAGGCCUCUACUUCUAAACACUAAUGGAGCCCAAAAGAAGAACCUGUUUCAGCACAUAGUCAAAGAACCAACUGAUAAUCAUCAUCAUAAAGUUCCACACAGUAGGACUGAAGGUUUAAAGCCAAGGGAGAGGAUUUCAGAUGACAUCAUUAUUUAUGAUGUUACUGAUGAUAAUGCAGAUGAAGAAAAUAUCCCAGUUAUUCCAGAAACUAAUGAGGAUGUUAUAUCUGAUCCCUCCAACUGUAGCCAGUACCCUGAUAUUGUCAUCGUUGAAGAUGACAAUGAAGAUGAGUAUGCACCUGUCAUUCAGAGUGGAGAGCAGAGUGAACCAGCCAGAGAAUCCCUAAGUUCAGGCAGUGAUGGCAGCAGCCCUCUCAUGUCUAGUGCUGUCCAGCUAAAUGGCUCAUCCAGUCUGACCUCAGAAGAUCCGGUGACCAUGAUGGAUUCCAUUUUGAAUGAUAACAUCAAUCUUUUGGGAAAGGUUGAGCUGUUGGAUUAUCUUGACAGUAUUGAUUGCAGUUUAGAGGACUUCCAGGCCAUGCUUUCAGGAAGACAAUUUAGCAUAGACCCAGAUCUCCUGGUUGAUCUUUUCACUAGUUCUGUGCAGAUGAAUCCCACAGAUUACAUCAAUAAUACAAAAUCUGAGAAUAAAGGAUUAGAAACUACCAAGAACAAUGUAGUUCAGCCAGUUGGGUCAGAAGAGGGAAGAAAAUCUAAAUCCAAACCAGAUAAGCAGCUUAUCCAGUAUACUGCCUUUCCACUUCUUGCAUUCCUCGAUGGGAACCCUGCUUCUUCUGUUGAACAGGCGAGUACAACAGCAUCAUCAGAAGUUUUGUCCUCUGUAGAUAAACCCAUAGAAGUUGAUGAGCUUCUGGAUAGCAGCCUAGACCCAGAACCAACCCAAAGUAAGCUUGUUCGCCUGGAGCCAUUGACUGAAGCUGAAGCUAGUGAAGCUACACUGUUUUAUUUAUGUGAACUUGCUCCUGCACCUCUGGAUAGUGAUAUGCCACUUUUAGAUAGCUAAAUCCCCAGGAAGUGGACUUUACAUGUAUAUAUUCAUCAAAAUGAUGAACUAUUUAUUUUAAAGUAUCAUUUGGUACUUUUUUUGUAAAUUGCUUUGUUUUGUUUAAUCAGAUACUGUGGAAUAAAAGCACCUUUUGCUUUUGUCACUAACCACACACUCUUGCAGAGCUUUCAGAUGUUACUCAGCUGCAUAGUUACGCAGAUUUAAUGCACAUUAUUGGCGUAUCUUUAAGUUGGAUUCAAAUGGCCAUUUUUCUCCAAUUUUGGUAAAUUGGAUUUCUUUUUUUUUACAAAUACGACCAUUAACCUCAGUUAAAUUUUUGUUUGUUUUCCUGUUUGAUGCUGUCUAUUUGCAUUGAAUGUAAGUCAUUUGAACUAAUGGUAUAACUCCUAAAGCUUUCUCUGCUCCAGUUAUUUUUAUUAAAUAUUUUUCACUUGGCUUAUUUUUAAAACUGGGAACAUAAAGUGCCUGUAUCUUGUAAAACUUCAUUUGUUUCUUUUGGUUCAGAGAAGUUCAUUUAUGUUCAAAGACGUUUAUUCAUGUUCAACAGGAAAGACAAAGUGUACAUGAAUGCUCACUGUCUGAUAGGGUUCCAGCUCCAUAUAUAUAGAAAGAUCGGGGGUGGGAUGGGAUGGAGUCAGCCCCAUCCAGUUAGUUGGACUAGUUUUAAAUAAAGGUUUUCUGGUUUGUUUUUUUUUGAACCAUACUGUUUAGUAAAAUAAAUACAAUGAAUGUUGAGUA